CCUGCCUCCUUGCCCCACCUGUCCUCUUCGACGGCGCAUUCAUCGACUCCCUCUCUCUCAUUCAGCUCCCACAGUCGCGGCAUCUCUGGGAAUCUUCUGGUCUCGCAUCCUAUAUUUCGCCACCGUCGCUACAGUCCCGUCGUGGCCGACCUAAAGUUUGUCCUCAACAUACCCGGAGUUUCGGCCCAUUUUGCCAACACGUGCAUGGACGUGUGGCUCUCGCGGCUCCUGAUUCCCCUCCAAUACAUGCAUGCUCAGGAGAGGGAGGCGGAUGAACACGUCACGUAUGAAAGUCGGGAGUGGAUGUAUGCCUUCAAUGUGCAGAUCUCUCUCUGCCACGUCUUGGACUGCUUAUUGAGCUGGGUCAGGACGGCGCCCUUAGGGGUG